AUGCCUGCAAGCGCUUGCAAAGUGCUGCAUGCCGUCCUCGCGUGCGCUCUGUCCUGCGUUGGACAGGGUCACAAGAUGCAGAGCAGGAGUAGCCGUCGUCAUGGCCAGAGGCAGAGACCGGCCUGCAAAGAAUAUGGAUGCGCAGACAGGGCCACCCUGUUGCACAUGAGCGUCAAUGCCAGCGCAGAGCUGCCGUUCUCCCGGGCUCUCAUGAGCACACCACCCGUCCGCACGGGAUAUGCCGGCAUGUGCUGUUACCCCACCCAUCAAGAGUGCCCCGUGUCUCCGGGAUUCCUCCCAGUGGUCAUGAAUCGGGAUUCGCGGUUCGAGAGCAGAAGCCAACAGCCCAGUCCAGCGCCGUCGGCCAUCCGGUCAUCACUGAUGCCAAGCCGGCUUCCCCUCCCAGACGCCGAUGCGUGGACCGACAUCACAUCCAGCGCCGGGGGCUAUUUUAACGAGGAUCACGCCGACAGCGUCCACGGAGCCAGCGACAUACACAACGACAUCGAUCUUCAUCACGGCCACGACCGCGACAGCGACAACACCGAUGACGAUGAUGUCGACGAAGACGGACUCGCCAUCAAUGACUACCGGGGACUUUGCCAUGUCCAAGACAGACGUCCAGCAACACGAACCAGCAGACUCGGCAGCGGCAAUGGGCGACAAGCCGAGGAACACAUUGCCCGGGCGCUGGAGCCACAAACCCACACUCAUCAGGAUCCCACGCUACAACAGCAGUUGGGCCCUGCAGAGAAAGCAGAGAACGACGCCCUGGCCGAAAAGAUUCGCCAAGGGCUCUCAAAAAUCAAGCAUCUGGACGAAAUACUGAAGCAAAAGACAUUGCUGGCAAAGUCGCUUUCGGUUUCAUCACGGAACUCGGCAACACCAGCCCAGACGGUCGACGACGACGGCUGUGUCGACGACUGCGAGGACACCGAGUCGCUCUACAGCGACGGCUCUUCCCUUCAGGACAAGCUCGAGACUGGCAGCGUCCAGAGCCGAGACAUCAAGACGUUUAUCACCAACGCCAAGCUCACCCGCAUCCCAGGCAAGAUCCGCACAGUCGAGAACGGCGCGGCGAACCAUGAGCAUCCCGAACAGAACCUGUCUGCAGCCAAGGCGCCCUUGCCCAAGGGAUACAGACCCGGCGACUUUAUCCAGAGAAACAUUGUGCUCGGACCAGAGGCCCGCUACUACUGUGCCAUGACGGAGGAGGAGCGUGCUCGGGUGGAAUCCAUCCUCGACAACCACGAGGACGACGACGACUUCCCAGACGAUGCAUCAUCGGCGCCCUCGACGUCCCAUGCGGCUGCACUCGCAACUCCCACCCGUCCCGCCACCACACUUUCCUCAGGAUUUGCGCCACUGCCCAAGGAUCGCGACAAGCUCAUCGAGAUUGACCACCGUCUCUCCGAACUGAUUCCGUCCAUCCAGUGGGACCUCAAGUCCAUCAUCUGGAGCCGAGCUCCGACGAGCGGGUACAUGACUCCAGACGCCAGCGUCUCGGCAACCGUCUCGGACGUGUCGGAGAUCACAGCGCCGUCGCCAGGGUUCCGGGUCGAGACUUCCUGUGGUCACAGCUCGGUCAUCAGCAUCCGUGAUGUUGACGAGGUCAUGAACGACGUCAGCAUCUACAAAAUCGACAAGAUCUCAUCCGAGCGCGACGUGGAGCGGAUCCAGAAGAUCGACAGCGAUAUCGAGGCCUUGAAGACGCAUGAGCCGCGACCCAUCACCCAAGAGGAGUUGUACUCGUUCAUUGCCGAAUGCGUUGCCUCCGACCAAACAUGCUUCGAGCAGUCGCCCACCCGGCGCUGGGUGUACGAGCACGCACAGACAGCGACCUCUGCGCCAACCAGAGGCGUCAGUCGAGGCGAAGAGAUUGGCACAGUCACCUCAUGAUCGGGAAAGAAUGUCAUCGGACGGAUGCUCUAGGCUGUUUGGCAUCAGCCAUUAGUGCCAAGUUCUACACACCACUCGUCGGAGGGACGAUAGAAGGAUUCCGUUGGGAUGAAAGGAAUGGUAUUUCAUAGCUUGGAUAGGAUGGCAACAUGAUGUUCAAGGACCCAACUGCCCUCCGCCCCCCCCCUCAAAAAAUCAGGAAAAUACAACAAAGAAUUGUGAGGGAGGGGAGCCCCCGCAAAUCGCUGAUAGCUACGAUAUGCUUC